GGGUACAGUGCACUGUGCUAUUGUUUACAAAUGAGAAAUGAUAAUUAGGAAUUUGUACUUGUUAUCAAAAGUCUGAUUAUUUUAUACUGUAACAAGGGCAAAAUGAUUGCGUAAUUCUUUACUCAUUUUAUCUUCACCGAAGUCGAGAGGCGUGUAUUUUGUUAAUAUGUUCAAGGGUCUUGUUGGUAUCGUCACGGGGGGCGCGUCAGGCCUGGGAAAAGCAACUGUUGAACAGUUGCUAAAACAAGGAGGACGUGUUGUAAUAUGUGAUCUACCAUCAAGUCCAGGUGCUGACGUCGCCAAGCAAUUUGGUAAUGAUACAGCAUUUGUUCCCGUAGAUGUUACAUCAGAAAAAGAUAUUAGGAAUGCUCUUCAGACCACAGUGGACAAGUUUGGAAGAUUAGAUGUAGCUGUCAAUUGUGCUGGAAUCGCAACUGCCUCUAGAAUAUACAACUUCAAGAAAGAACAACCAUUUGAUUUAAAAUCCUUUCAAAAAACUAUCGAGGUGAACCUAGUGGGCACAUUUAAUGUGAUUCGACUCGUGGCUGGAUUAAUUGGCAAGAAUGCUCCUAAUGCUGAUGGUCAGAGAGGUGUUAUUAUAAACACAGCAAGUAUAGCAGCCUUUGAUGGUCAGAUUGGUCAAGCUGCUUACUCAGCGUCGAAGGCUGGUGUUGUUGGUAUGACGCUGCCCGUGGCCCGGGAUCUUGCUAAGCAAGGCAUUCGAGUCGUUACAAUAGCGCCAGGUCUAUUUAGAACACCAAUGAUGGAACAAUUGCCGGAACCAGCUAUUAAGCAGCUGGAGUCAUCUGUGCCAUUUCCAUCAAGAUUGGGCCGUCCAGAAGAAUAUGCUUUGCUAGUGCAAAGUAUUAUACAGAACCCAAUGAUAAAUGGAGAAACAAUUAGACUCGAUGGAUCCCUUAGAAUGCAACCUUAAUGUUUUAAGUAAAGUUUUUAUUGGAUUUGUUUUUAUAAAAGUAGAAUAAAUAUUGUUGAAGGAA